UUCGCUCCUCCUCCUCCUCGGUGUGUGAGCGAUAGUUUGUGCCUGUCGCUGCCUGUGAUAAUCAGAUCCGUGAGAAGCUGGAGCUGUUCGGUUGGACAUCUGGGCUUAAUGGGUCGAAAGUUUGGAGUGAAACGAGACAAAAAGAAACGGUUUACUUGCUCGUUAACUGAUUUACUUCUCCCUGCCAGACCCUGUGGACCGAGCACAGCGAAUUUGAACUGUUGUAACCGUUAUAAAUUCAGCCGUUGAGCGGCUCGAGCUCGCCGCUGGAUGGGAGUUUAAAACGCUUAUUUUUCUCCUCGAUGGAAGCGAAAAACCCGCCCUGUUGUCAGAGAUGCUGCCAGUGACACACAAUCCGCAGUCACACCCAGCAGGAAGCCUGAGGAUUUAGUGGUUAUAAAACUUUUUUAAUAAGUUCACCUCUGCAGCAUCCAGAGCUUUUACUUCAUAGUUGUGUUUCUACCUCGGAGAUGCCCGUCCGUGAGAGGAGACCUUUCGUGCAGGAGUUCAGCGGUAAGAAAUGUGAUCGGGGACAGAAAACGCUCGGCUAACGCAGUCAAACACGUGUUUUUUUUUGUUUGUUUUUUUUGGAUGUCGUUGGCCUGCGACGCCUUUCUGUCUGCACGACGUCACAGAUAGCGGAGACCAAUGUCUGCCGCCGACAACAGCCCGCCGCUGCCGGCCUCGCUGCAGUCGUUCCCCGCCCUCCCUCCGCACGCCGUUCCGCCCACCCCGUCGCCGUCCCCGAGCCCGCCGACCACGCUCUGCAGCCGGCUGUCCAACGGCAGCCGGGCGGCCGCCAGCCCCACCAGCUCGCGGGGCUCCAUCCACGGAGGAGUCUCCUUCCUGCUCCAGAUCGGACUCACCCGGGAGACGGUCACCCUCGACCCCGGAGACCACUCGCUGUCAGCUGUCCGCGAGCUCGUCUGCUCCAUCGUGGAUCAGAAGUUCCCUGAAUGUGGAUUUUUCGGGAUGUACGACAAGAUCCUGCUCUUCCGCCACGACCUGAACUCGGACAACAUCCUGCAGCGUCUGACCGUGGUGGAGGAGAUCCACGAAGGCGACCUGGUCGAGGUGGUCCUCUCCGCUCUGGCCACAGCCGAGGACUUCCAGAUCCGACCUCACGCGCUGUACGUCCACUCCUACAAGGCACCGGCCUUCUGCGACGACUGCGGGGAGAUGCUGUGGGGGCUCGUCCGACAGGGCCUCAAGUGUGAAGGAUGCGGACUGAACUACCACAAACGGUGCGCGUUCAAGAUCCCCAACAACUGCAGCGGGGUCAAGAAGAGACGGCUGUCCAACAUCUCGCUGCCGGGCGCCAUCAUGUCCAUCGCUCGUCCGCCAUCCACCGAGUUCGCCCCGACACCGCAGGAGGAGCGCCCCCUCCUGGGCGCCGGGAAGCGUAACUCCCUGCUGAGCGGACGUCCCAUCUGGAUGGAGAAGAUGGUCCUGGGUCGGGUCAAAGUCCCUCACACCUUCUCCGUCCACACCUACACUCGUCCCACCAUCUGCCAGUACUGCAAACGCUUGCUAAAGGGCCUCUUCCGCCAGGGCAUGCAGUGCAAAGAUUGUAAAUUUAACUGCCAUAAGAGAUGUGCGGCCAAAAUACCUCGAGACUGCCUUGGUGAGGUCGACUUUAACGGAGAACCAGCCAGUCCCAGUCUGGACUCGGAGGCGACGAUGGAAGUGGACAACUGCGACACCAACAGCGACGGCGGCCACAGCCUGGACGAGCAGGACGACAAGCUCUUCUUCAUCGAGGGGCACGGCUGCACGGACGGUGAGAAGGACGACGAGACGCUCCGAGCCAUCAGCCCGUGCACGAGCAGCAACAUCCCUCUGAUGCGAGUGGUUCAGUCCAUCAAACACACCAAGAGAAAAAGCGCCACCAUGGUUAAAGAGGGCUGGAUGGUCCACUACACCAGCACCGACAACCUGAGGAAGAGACAUUACUGGAGGCUGGACAGCAAGACUCUGACUCUGUUCCAGAAUGAAAGCGGAGCCAAGUAUUACAAGGAGAUCCCACUGUCCGAGAUCCUCCAGGUGGAGCCUGCGCAGGACUUCGGCAGCCUACCCCAGGGCAGCAACGCUCACUGCUUCGAGGUGAUCACAACCAACAUGGUGUACUACGUCGGGGAGGACAGUGGCGGUCUGCAUCACAACCCCGUCCUGGCGGCGACCGGCGUGGGGCGGGACGUGGGCCAGAGCUGGGAGAAGGCCAUCCGACAGGCGAUGAUGCCCGUCACGCCCAAGGCCAGCGUCGGCACCGGGCACAGCCAGGGGAAGGACCACAAGGAAGUCUCCAUCAGCAUAUCGGUGUCCAACUCCCAGAUACAAGAAAACGUGGAUAUCAGUUCAGUGUAUCAGAUCUUUGCUGACGAAGUCCUCGGCUCCGGACAGUUUGGGAUCGUCUACGGAGGUAAACACAGAAAGACCGGCAGAGACGUGGCAAUCAAAAUCAUCGACAAAAUGAGGUUUCCCACCAAACAGGAGAGCCAGCUGAGGAACGAGGUGGCCAUUCUCCAGAACCUGCACCACCCGGGGAUCGUUAACCUGGACUGCAUGUUCGAGACCCCCGAGCAGGUGUUCGUCAUCAUGGAGAAGCUCCACGGCGACAUGUUGGAGAUGAUUUUGUCCAGCGAGAAGAGCCGGCUGCCCGAACGCCUCACCAAGUUCCUGGUCACGCAGAUCCUCGUGGCUCUGAGACAUCUGCACUUCAAGAACGUCGUCCACUGUGAUCUGAAGCCGGAGAACGUUCUCCUGGCCUCGGCAGAACCCUUUCCUCAGGUGAAGCUCUGCGACUUCGGCUUCGCUCGAAUCAUCGGGGAGAAGUCGUUCCGCCGCUCGGUGGUCGGCACGCCAGCCUAUUUGGCGCCCGAGGUGCUUCGCAGCAAAGGCUACAACCGCUCGCUAGACAUGUGGUCGGUCGGCGUCAUCAUCUACGUCAGCCUGAGCGGGACGUUUCCCUUCAACGAGGACGAGGACAUCAACGACCAGAUCCAGAACGCUGCCUUCAUGUACCCAUCCAACCCCUGGAAGGAGAUCUCGGAGCAAGCCACAGACCUCAUCAAUAACCUGCUGCAGGUGAAGAUGAGGAAGCGCUACAGCGUGGACAAGUCGCUGAGUCACCCCUGGCUGCAGGACUACCAGACCUGGCUGGACCUGCGGGAGUUUGAGACGAAGCGAGGCGAGCGCUACAUCACCCACGAGAGCGACGACACGCGCUGGGAGGAGCACGCCGACGAGAGAGGCCUGCACUGCCCCAAACACUUCAUCAUGUCGCCCAACCUGGACGACAUGGACGAGGACCCCUAGCGGCGCCGCCGCGCGGGCCGAGACGUUUCCCGCCAGCGCCCCGGUCCGAUGUGACCCUCCACGGUGGCCAUGGAGACCGCGGCGCGGUGUGUUGGCGGAGGCGGCGGUCAGGCAGCUGUGGGACGACACUGUGACGAUAAUUCAGGUCCAGAGAACUUUUAAAUUUUACUUUUUUUUUUUCUAUUUCACUGCAAAUUUUUCUACAAGCCAACAAACACACAGAGUGAGCCAAGGGCUAAAAGAGAAACAAAUCCAGAGCCUUUAUAUAUAUAUAUAAAUAAAUAAAGGCCAAAAGUUUGGACACACCUUCUCAUUCAAUG